GAGGACGUAGAACUCUUGUAGAUAUACAGCAACAGCAGCGGCAACCAUUUUAGCGUGUGCGGCAGUGUAGCCGUGCAGGUAGAGGGAGCGAGAGAGCGCCGUCAGGUAAAAGGUGUGUGAGCGAGAGAGAGAGCGAGAAAGAGCUCUCGGGAAGGAGAGAGCGCCGUCGUGGACACAGACAGUCGGCGCUGCGCAGUCGCCAGGUGAGCACCGACGCGCCGGUCUCGCUAACUCUCUAUCUUUCUCUUUUUCUGUCUUGCUCGCUCUUCCGCUACCGUCGCUUCGACUUUUCGCAAGAGAGACUAACGCUACAAGUAACAGGUAGCUCUCCCAAGUAUCGACUGUCUCUCUUAGUCGGUCUGUCUGUUAUUCGUAUCCGUGAUCGAGGCGCGCGCGAGUGUGACAGCAAUCGAGCAACGAACUGUACACGAAUUACACUACGGAAGGAACAAAACGGCAGCUCACCCCGUGUAUGUGCGUGAUGAUCAUAACCUCAAAAUCGUCGACGGCCGUUACCUGCCGACUCACCUGAGUCGCUUCUCAAUACGCACGGGAGAUUGUCGCCUCGAGGCAGCAGACGUCGCGGCGCUCGCUCUCAGGCUCUCAUUCUGACAAAAUGCUUGGCUGCUGCAGUGCACAGGUGUGACAAGUGUUUGUUCCCACGCGCGUGCUGUUCCAACAAGUUGUUGUUGCCGCGGUACACACGAAGAGCUGCGUUGUGCCUUGCGCUCCCUCUCCUCUUCGUCCCGCCGUCGAGAUGCAGGUGACCGCCGGAACCAUGGGACCGACUCACCUCGUGGCCCUUUACGUGGCCACUGCCGGUUUGCAGGGUAACGCGCUUGGUACCGACGAGGAAGAAAUCACGCUACUUUGUUACGUACUCAUCGAUGCCCUUCAAAACAAAGUGAUGGGAAGGCAGCAGUACAUAGUGAAGCCGAUGGUCAUGGAAGAUGAGAGCAACGGUAACGGCGGAAGCGAUAAUCCAGCUGUUGCCGGAAGCAGCGGAGUCGUCAGCGAAGCGGCCCUUAGCCAUGCACCAGCCUUGACCGAGCAUACCCUCAGAGAGCAUGGUAUUCCACUCCAACAGGCCAUCAAACAGUUCGAGGCAUGGUGGUCGUCGUUGACGUGCGUGGCGGCCGGCAGUUCGCCACGUUUCGUAGUCGACGGUCAAGCGCCGCUCAGACAAUGUCUUCACCCGGAAGCCUGUAACAAGCUGGUCGAGUUACCGGCUCACUACACCGUCUUCCAUGACCUCAGGAAAGAGUUCUCCUCGUGCUACUCCACCAACGAUGAACUCCAGUUGGUCAGCAUUCAAGAAAUGAUACAAUACUAUAACAUACCGGCCGACACGGAAAACGAUUAUCACGUAAAAGAGGUCCAGGACAUGGUCGCGGUCAUCCAAAGGAUGAUUAAAGACGGACACGUAUUCCAAAAUCCGGAAGUCGUUAACCUUGUAUUGGAACCUGGCAUAUGCUCAAAGGAUGAGAAGGUAGACAAUAAUUGCGUGGUGCGAGCUCGAGGAUUGCCCUGGCAAUCAUCCGACCAGGACGUAGCGAAAUUCUUCAGAGGACUGAAUGUUGCUAAGGGCGGCGUGGCUCUGUGCUUGAGUGCGCAAGGCAGACGCAACGGUGAAGCUCUAGUGCGUUUCGUGAACAAGGAACACAGAGACAUGGCGCUGAAGAGGCACAAGCAUCACAUUGGCGCUCGUUACAUUGAGGUUUACAAAGCUUCGGGUGACGAUUUCGUCUCGGUGGCUGGUGGCACCAAUGGCGAAGCUCAUGUCUUUCUGUCGCGCGGCGCCCAGGUGAUCGUUAGGAUGCGUGGAUUACCUUACGACUGCACUGCCAAACAAGUUUUGGAAUUCUUUGUAUCUGGUCAAAAGCCUUGCCAAGUGUUGGAUGGUGAAGAAGGCGUCUUGUUCGUAAAAAAAGCGGACGGUCGCGCCACGGGCGACGCAUUUGUAUUAUUUGCUAAGGAAGACGAUGCAGCGAAAGCUCUCAGUAAACACAGGGAUUGUAUCGGCAGUAGAUAUAUCGAACUCUUCCGAAGUACGACGGCCGAAGUACAGCAGGUACUGAAUCGCGUGAGCGAUGUGAAGCCAUUUGAGAGGUCAGUACUGCAACCGCUACCCGCAAUUCUUCCACAACACUUCAUCACUUCUGGCACUCGCAAAGAUUGCGUGCGUCUCCGCGGUCUUCCGUACGAGGCUCUUGUGGAGCACAUCCUUGAGUUCUUGGGCGAACACUCGAAAAACAUUGAGUACCAAGGCGUUCAUAUGGUGUAUAAUGCUCAGGGCCAACCAUCUGGCGAGGCAUUCAUUCAGAUGAAUAGCGAGGCUGCGGCUUACGCGUGCGCGACGCAACGUCACCAUCGCUACAUGAUCUUCGGCAAGAAGCAGCGCUACAUCGAGGUAUUCCAGUGCAGCGGCGAAGACAUGAACCUGGUGCUCACGGGCGCACCUCUAGCGGGAAGUACAAUGUUGCCACCACCACUGCCGGCAGGCGCCAUCUUCCCACAUCCACCCGCGGCAAUGAUAUCCGGUGGACCAGCAUUUGCUCCAGGUUAUCCUCGUAUCUACUACUGGCCUUAUCCAUCGCCUCCUGUUAGUCCAACUGGUUAUUACAAUACGGCGAACGUGCCUGCUAUUGCACCUAUACCUCAGCAGGCUGCCCUCCUAACCCCGCCAGAAUGUUUGCAGCUUGUCUCGUCAGAACCUUGCGUGGACGCGUUGAUUCCGCAUCCAGACGUGGACAAACGUAUCCAAGCUAUUCAAAAUAUUCAUAGUGCUUGCAGACAAUACGUCGAUCUCUUUAUCGUUUGAGUCCUCCUUUUCGCUCUCGAGCUCGCGCUUUUCUUUUUUCAUGAUUUUUUUAAACUUUAAGUAGUUAGGAAACAACUGUGCGGAUAUUUUAAGCUUGUGCGAAACAAGCGAGAAAAACUCAAAGAACCUCCGUAAUGAUACGUCAUUAUAUACGUACUUAGUACGUAUGCGUCGUAUGAUACUGAUGACAAUGAGAUGAUUGAGCAGUCCUUGUGUUUUAUCAAAGGAACGACCGUUAGUCUGUUUUUUUUGUAUCUAGCCCCCACAUCUAAUUUUGCUGGGUGCAUGAUCUUUCUAGUCUAGAGAUGAAUGAGCGCAUAGCUUAUAUUCUCCUUUGAAAAAAAAAGUUUCGAAGAGUAGCGGCUGAGUGCUAACAAAUGUGACAACGAACGCCAAUAUCGUCUAUUCUCCUCUUAGUUCCAUCUCUCUCUCUCUCUCUCCCUCUCUUUCUUUUUAGGAGACUAAAUACCUGCGAUUGUUAGUUUUCAAAGGUUCAAAGAUCGCGUUGUCUUUUACGUGAUUAAUGAAAAGAGUUAUAUUAAACGUAAAGAAUAUUAUAUACGUCAGCGCAUGUUGUAUACGUAAAUUUUUUAUUGUUGUUAUCUGACAGAUAAAUUAUAUGUCAUUUAUACAGUUUAAAUGUAUACCAUGAUAUUUGCUCGAAAUUUUAUUUGAAAUAAUACGAUUGAAUGAGUUUAAUAUAUUUUAGAUUAUUGUUAAAUUUGAUUCAUAAAGAAAAUUUCUUUACACAAAUUAGUUGAUAAAAAUACUUAAGGUUUUUACGAUUUUUACAAGGCCAAAGUACUUUUCACUAUAUAUGAUGAGUACCUUGCAUUAUGUUACUGUCAUUUUAUCAAUAGUGUAAUGUCGCAACGAUACAGUAGAUCAAGUAUAUAAAAAAUAUAAAAAAAUCUAUUUCUAUCCUCUCGUUUUACAUCGAAUUUCUAUUUUUAUUUCACUAUUACGUACAAAGAUAAGGUUUGAAACGUAUAAAUAACGUUAUGAAUAUUAUCCGUAUUUGCGUUGCAUGGGUAAAUUUGCAAAUGAUCACAUGAAAGCUAAAUUUUCAUUCAUAACAUUUAUAUCCAAUGUGCAAUAUCUUAUAUGCGACAAAAGCAGAAAAUGAAACACUAAUGUUAUAAUUUAUCGAAAAAUUAUGGCGCUAAAAUUUUUGUAAACAUAGCCGAAUAUGAAAAUAGCAAAUAUCACAAGUGUCUUCCAUGUAAUUGUCCGCUCGCGUAUGAACAUUUCAAUUUCAUUUGCAAAAGAAUUUGCCUAGAAUAAGUAUAAUUUAGUUGUUUUCCUCUUUUAGUAUUUAGAUCAUUGUUGUAAGUUGAAUUUUUUUAUUAUAUAUCUUAAAAACAAAAUUGCCAUUUCUUUUAUCUUGUUAAAUUUAUAUUAUUAUAGUGCAAUUUUGACGAGAUUUAUAUUCUAACAUAAUUCUCGUAGGAAAACCUGACGCAGGUGCAAUAACAAUAAACAAAUACGUCUCUCUUUUUAAAGGUCGAACGUAACGUGCAAUAAAUAAGUGCAAAGCAUAUGCAAGCUUAGCCAAGACGAAAUAUAUGUUUUUUACGACCAAAAGUACCUUUCGAAGAAAUUUUUCUUUUUUUUUUUUUUAUUAUGUUGUCAUUUCUAUACCGAAUAUUUGGAAAGGUAUUUUUUGUAGAUACACACACGUAGUCGUUACUUGCCAAAUUUUUAUAGUACUUGCUCGUGAAUAUUUUGAAAUCAUGAAUUAUUUGUUAUCACAUCACUGUAUUGUGUAAUUCUAAUAAAUAGUCUGUACGCAUAUUAGUACAACAUUUUUUUAAACUUUAACAGAAACAGUUCACGUUUAAUCGCAGUUAAAAUUAAUGUAUAAAAUCAUUUAAAAUUACGAAUUUAAUUUAUGCCUUCAAAUAUUUCUAUGAAAUUAAGAAAUAUAGAAUCCAAUAAGUUACAAAUAAACUCCUACAAAAUAUUCACGAGAUAAAAGUUUACAAGCUAUAAAUAUAAUAUUACUAUAAAGUUAUUUAAUACAACUAGUUAUAUAGAUAGCAUUAUUAACUUUCGUGCUUACAAAUGAGAAAAUAAUUACCUAAAAUAUUUUGCACAAAAAGCGCAAAAUCAAAGUAAAAUCAUAAUUAAAACUCAUGAUCAGAAUAUGCUCGAUAGUCGUUAAUGAAUUAGUUAUACAUAUUUCCAGAAAUCGAGAAAUAUAUAUCGAGUAAUAUGUAAUCGAAUACUUAUAUUAAUGUACUAUACUACUAUACUUAAGUAGAAUUAAGUUAAAUACAGGACACUUUGUGUUUUGUAAAAUUGAAAGAAUAAAACAUAUCCAAUAGAAGCUAGUUUUAUGUAAAAAUCGUAUGAAAUUAAUAACACACGUUACUAUAAUUAUAACUACUAGUAAUGACACUGUGUAUAGAAGUGAAAAGAGCGAAAAGAGCGUUUGAUUUGUACUUUAAGCAUUAAUGUUACUAUUUUGUGAUUCAUGCGCAGCUCAUCAUAAAGCAAGCGUAUAAAAUGAACAGCACAAUUUCUUUAUACUAGAACGAAUAUUCCAUUCGAUGCUUUCUUUAUUAAAAAAAUUGAAAUACAUUAAUUUUGUUGCAUUUCUAUAGAAGAGUUAUAUAUCAAAUUCGCGAUUUAUUUAAGUACUAAUAACAUUUGUAAAUAUGUACCGCAAAUUGUAAUUGAACAGAAAGCUAUACUUUUGUUGAUAAAACUAAUGGAAUGUUAUGAAUGAUGGUUUGUGAGCGUAACACAUAAUGUAUGAUUCGGCGUUUAUAGAAAAGGUUCAAUAGUCUGGACUUACAAAUUUUCUUAUAUUUUUAAGUCGGUUUGUUGACAAAUUUAAAAAUUAUAUUGGUUCUAGUGAAAAAAAGAAAUUCGCAUUUGUGUGCAAUAUUAUAAUUUUCUGUGUACGUCACGCGUUGAUAAAAUUGAAUGGUAUGACAAAGGGCCUGUUGUAUAUGUGAGUUAUGUAUUCUUGUAAGUUGCUCAUAUGAAUGAAAAUAUUCUAAUAGAGCUAUCCUAAUAGAGCUAUUCUAAUGAAAAAAUCAAUUUAGCAAGAUAAUAUUUCAAAAAAGCAAGUAUAGUUAAUUUUUCAAAAAAUUUACUCUAACAAACCCUCUGAAAAAAGUAAUGAUGAAACAUACUUUAAAAAAGAAUAAAAAAAGACCAAUUUUUAGGAUAAAUAUUUUCUGUAGAUAUAUUGUGAUUUGAAGAAGCAUUUUCAAAUGUUGAGUGUAGUCAGUCGACACGCUAAAAAUAUAAAAGAAAAUACAUGAUAGUAAGUUCGAUAUUUCAAUUUGUCACUCGAACUAAGGAUUGUUUCGCAGCGUUUACUGCUAGAUAACGAUGUCACUGUUGAGCGCGAUUAAGAAAAUGUAAUUUUAAUAUUUAAUUAUUACGUUAUAGCAAUAUUAAUAUAUUAAAUCA